GAGUUGCGUGACGUAGGCGUGGAGGGGCGUGGCUGGGAGUGAUUGACAGGCGGCGGGGGGCCCGAGCCAGAGGGAAGCCGAGGAGCGGGAAGAGGCGGCGUCUGUGUCCCCGACGUGACCGGGCGAGAGGCGCCCUGACCCGGCUGAGCGGUUCAGGCAAGACCGGGGAUCCGAAGGUGCAGGUUAGUCCCAGUCCCCCACAGUGUGUGCACAGAGCUGAGCUGAACGACAAUGGCUGAGAUGUCCGCAUUGGAGACUAUGAUGGAUAUGGGCUUCAGUCGCAACAGAGCGGAAAAGGCUUUGCUCUUGUCAGGGAAUCAGGGCAUCGAGAAAGCCAUGGACUGGCUGAUGGAACAUGAGGAUGACCCCAACCUGGAUGAGCCUUACCUGCCCCCCGAGGGCUGUGUUCUGCCCCCACCGCCCGAGAAACCCAUCGGGGAGCCCGCAGAGCUGACACUGGAGGAGGGCACAGAACAGAUUAAGCAGAACGCCUCCCUGUCAGAGGAGGAGAAGAAGGAGCAGCUUCGAAGGCUGGAAGAGCUGAUGAAGCAGCGGCAGCAGGAGCGAGAGGAGAGAGAGAAGAAGGAUGAGAUAGAGAGAGAGAAGGCGAGGAGGCGGCAGGGUCAGGAGCUGGCGAUGAUCCGGCAGCGACUGCAGGAGGAGGAGAUGAGGAAAGUGGCUGAAGACCGGCGUCGCGAGAAACUCGAGGACAUUAGGGCCAGGCAGAGAGUUCGGGAAAAAAUUGAGCGAGACAAAGCAGAGCGGGCGCUGAAGUUUGGAGGGGGUGUGGCUGCCGCUAGCCCCCCUGUGCCGGUCAUAGAACCCAUCCCUCCGUCUCCACAGAGCCAGUCCACCAAGAGGGAGUACGAGGAGUGCAGGUUACAGAUCCGGCUCCUGGAUGGCUCGCAGAUCACACAGACGUUCCGCACCUGGGAGCAGCUGGCUGCGGUGAGGCUGUACGUGGAGCUAAACCAGAAAGGGGCAGUGCUGGAGCCCUUCAACCUCAUGACCUCCUUCCCUCGUAAAGUCUUCACCGAGGAGGACAUGGAGAAACCUCUACAGGAGUUAG